CACCGACCGUGACUGCGCCAAAGCCAACGCUGUUAAUCUAAAUACAAAUUUGUUCCUUGUAACUUCUUCACGCAAACCCUAACUUUUUUCAUUCUCAUUUUUCACUCCCUAACUUUUCACCCUCUCUCCGCCGAGUGAUUAACCUAAAAUUGGCACGCGACUCGUCAGGUUCUUCGCUCCACAAACCGUUGCGAAGAACAUCAUUGUUACAAAGUUGUAGUGGCUCCUCAAUUAGCAACGGAAUCGUCAUUGCGAAGAAGAUUUUAAGAGAGCCGUCUCUGUCAUCGUGUUCAGUCGUAAUUUAAGAGAAUCCCAUCCUUGUUCUGUAUUUGGUUAUCGAUCGUGGUUCAAGUUUCAGCUUGAUCAUUUUAGGAUUUAUAUUCGAUUUCGCUCUAAUUGUUCUGAUUGCACCAAAAUUUCGCUGCUAUCAAAUUUGGAGCGAAUCUUCUUGCUUUCGUCCUUUGUUGCUGAAGAUUCACUUGAGAAGCUUACAAUUUGGUUGGACUCGACAAAAAACUUUGCAGCUGAACAAACAGCAUGGAGGGUCAAUGUUCAAAUGAAGGCUCCAGUACCGGCAACAUUUCAGGAGAGUCUUCAGAUUCAACUGUUCAGCUCAAUAUCAAGACUCUGGAUUCCGGCAUAUACAGCUUUCAAGUUGACAAAAAUAUGCCCGUGACGUUGUUCAAAGAGAAAAUUGCAAAUGAAACAGGUGUUCCAGUUAGUCAGCAGCGUCUAAUUUUUAGAGGAAAAGUCUUGAAGGACGAGCACGUUCUUUCUGAUUAUCAUGUUGAGAAUGGGCAUACAUUGCAUUUAGUUGAAAGACAGCCAAAUCAGUCACAGACUUCUGGUACGGGGUCUGGCGAGACAACUAGUACAAAUGGUAACCGAGGAAAUGAUGUUGGAUCAGGAGCUCCUCGUAACCGUGUUGGGCAAAUUUCACACAGUGUGGUUCUUGGGACUUUUAAUGUGGGGGAACAGGGUGAGGGCACUGCUCAAGACCUUACUCGGGUUAUUGGGGCAGUUUUGAAUUCUAUUGCAAAUGGGGGCCAGAGCACAAUUAAUGUUCCUAACUCGACACAAUCUUCUUCAGUUCCACCGGGGAAUGAAACUGAAAGAAUGCAAGCUGGAAAUCAAAGCUUAGCCGGAAAUCAGGCACCAUCUGGACAGGCUUUUCUUGGUCAGGCAUUCCAACAUUUGCCUCAUGUUGUUCAGAUUCCUAUGGCUGCAGGAGCCAUACCUAUUCCUUCUCUCAAUGCACCAAUUCCUGAUUCACUGAACACGCUGUCUGAGUUCAUAAAUUGCAUGGAACAAGCACUUUCACAAAAUGGUUAUGUGCCAAAUCUAUCUUCAACUAACCCUGGAGAUCGAGUGGAAUUGCCUUCCAAUACACAAGGGUUGCCGACACUUGAAGCAUUAACCACUGUAUUGCAUCGUGCAGAACAGUUGCUUAGUGGUCAAGCUGUUGCUGCGCUAUCUCAUAUUGCAGGACGAAUGGAGCGAGAGGGAACUUCUGCAGAUCUAGGUAUAAGAGGUCAAAUACAGUCAGAGUCAGUUCAGAUAGGAAUUGCUAUGCAGCAUUUGGGUGCACUUCUACUUGAACUAGGCCGAACUAUGUUGACAUUGCGAAUGGGACGUUCUUCUGCAGAAUCUGUUGUUAAUGCUGGACCAGCAGUUUAUAUUUCUCCAUCAGGGCCAAAUCCUAUAAUGGUGCAGCCUUUUCCACUUCAGACAAGUUCCCUCUUCGGUGGCCCUCUUUCUUCUUCAACUCCUGCAACUUUAGGCACCGUUGGUGUUGGAAGUGUUCCUAGGAAUGUAAACAUUCACAUACAUGCUGGUGCCUCUCUUGCACCAAUUGGCUCUAGGCCAAAUAAUGGAGAAGGGACAAGAAACGAACACCAUAGUGAGCCUGGUUCUGGCGAUUCAGGAUCAACACGGGUUUUACCUGUUAGAAAUGUCAUAUCAACAAGUUUCCCAUCUAACCCUGUUGGCACUGGAACUGCUGGUAGCACACCAACUGGAUUUGGUAUUUCUACUUCACAGCUACCACCUGAUUCAGCACCAUUGUCAUCUGUUUUAGCUGAAAUCAAUUCUCGUCUUAGAAACUCUGUUGGUAAUAUGCAAGGAGAUAACACAGUUCUUUCAGGCCAAAUGCAAUUUUCUAGCAGGGACUUGAGAUCUGAAUCAAGACCUGCACAGGGAAAUGAACAAAGAGAUACUCUGGAGAUGAGUGGCUGUGCGGCUUCCAGUGCAUCCUCAGUUGGUUGCACUUCUGAAAGUGUUGUAGAGAAGUCUGAUCACUACCAGCCCGAAACUGAGGCAAUCAAAACCUGUAGUAAUGACGAGAGAGAUGUUUUGGUUGACAAAUUUGUUUCAAGUUCUUCCGAUCAAGCUUUACAAAGUUGUUCUAGUGGAGAAACAAUGGUAAAAUCAGAAAAAGUACCAGAUACUCCAUCUGCUAGUGAAAGACGAGAUGUAACUGAACCUGCCAAAACUGCUCCUCUUGGACUGGGUGUGAGUGGAUUGGAACGUAAGAGGCGAACUAGACUUCAACCUCCUGCAGGUAAAGGUGCUGAUGGAGGGUCCUCCAGUUCUUCCAUCAACCGAGGUCAGGAAACCAGGACAGAUAGUCAACAUAUAUUGCAAACACAUGCGAGUCAAGGAUCUGCUGUGAUUAAUGCUGAUAGGCCGUCAUCUCAGCAACCCAUUCCCUCCGGUGGUAGUCAAAUUGAUGUGGGCGGUUUAAUGUCUCAGGUUCUACAUAGCUCUGCUUUGAAUGGUUUGUUGGAAGGGUUUUCACAGCAAACGGGAGCUGACUCAUCCGAUGGCUUGAGGAAUAUGUUACAGCAGUUCACACAAAGCCCACAGAUGAUGAAUACGGUUAAUCAAAUUGCACAGCAGGUUGGUAGUCAGGAUAUGGGGAAUAUGUUAACUGGAAUGGAAAGAGGGCAGGGUGGUGGUGUCGACUUCUCUAGGAUGCUUCAACAGAUGAUGCCCAUUGUAUCUCGAGCCCUUGGAGGGGUAAAUCCUCCAUCACUAUUCUCUGCUGCAGAACCAGAAAUCCAGGCACCCUACCGAGAUGAAAAUUUUGAUAAUCUAAGUUUACAGCCUGAUCUUCAACCAGUGGCCGAGAGGAUUGAUCGCCUGAGUCCACCUACAGAUGUCUUCCGUGCUGUAGCUGAAAACGCUGUCCAGCUGUCUGGGAGUGGAAGUGCUGCUGCUGAUCUUUUGGAUGAGUUAUGUUGCAAUGAGAGUCUUGCCAGUGAGUAUAUGGAGAUGUUGCGAUAUGAUGUAAGUGAGCUGCUUGAAGGAGGCUCUGAGAGGGACAAGUCCUAAUUCAAGUUUAUGUGCAUAUGAGUAUGUUUCUUCAUCUAUUGUGUGUCAACUCUAAACCCUCCAGAAAGGUGUGAUUUUUGGCGUGUUGUGUCAUAUUUUUUGGUAUGGAUCAUGAAACUCCAGAUUCUGCGCGGUGAAGUUUGUUACACACCACAUGCCUGUUUCCAAUGUUGGAUUGAGGCGUUUGAUGGCCUCCACUGUCAAACGUUACUAUAGUUUUGACUUGCGGACAGUGGAUGCUUUGAUCAAAUAUUCUUGUACAUCUUGUGCUUUCAUUGUUUUCAAUUACAAAUGACUAAAUCUUGUUACUCUGCAAAUACCUUUCGAUUAUUUAUUACCAUCAUCUCUUAGUCAGGGUCCUCUUAA